AUGGAAUUGUUAUUAGUCACCGAGACCUAUCUUUCAAUCCAUGAAAAAAAUAUUCGUUUUAUUAAUUUGAAAAGACUUAUUCUUACUCAAUGUUAUUUUACAGAAAGAUUAAUUGAAAAUUUAUCGUUACUUAUUCAAUAUCAACUAAAUGAAUUAAUAUUAACAUUUGAUAAAGAUAUAAUUCAAUUAUAUCUGUGUGAACAAUGGUCUGGAAUAAGUCGUUUUGGAGAAGAAUCAAACUUGAUAUUGAAGCUAAAAGAAUUUGUGUUUAAACUUUUUUCUGUAAAAUGUCAAUUAACUACUCUCGAUCUUGAUAUAUCAAAUGAUUAUGAUUCUAUUGGUAUUCAUACAUGUUUUUCAUUAUCUUCAAACCGUUAUUUAAAUUUAAUUAACAAUAAAUUAGUUACUUAUUGCACAAGUCUUCGCUGUUUACGUAUUCGGUUAAUUUAUGGUGUUUUUCUUGAACAAAUUAUUGAACGCGUACCUUCUCUGGAAAUUCUUUCAGUUCAAUUUGCAUGUUCAUUAGUCAAGAAUUGGUAUUUAUAUGAACAACAAAUAAAAAGAUUUUCGCCAAGCGUUGUCAAUUGGCGAGAUAAGAUACCAAAAUUAAAAUCUUUUUCUUUAAAAAGUGAAGUUCACGACAAUGACGAAUUAAUUUAUUUAAAAUGGAUUGUUAAUCAAAUGAGUUAUAUUGAAAAAUUAAAGAUUCAUCUCGAUUUAAAAAAAUCAAAAACGAUAAAUUGUGUUAUUGAUGGACAUUUUGUUCAUAAAUAUUGUAUGCCUGAUAUAUUAAUUAAUUUAAUUAAUUUCGAUUUCUAUAUUGUAUCAAAAUGUAUAUUCUUAUUAUCAACAAAUGAUAUUGAGAAAAUCAUUGAUUCAUUUAAAACUGAUCAAUAUGUUUUUAAUGAUCAAUCGACAAAUGUAAACUGUUACUUUGAUCCAAUUAUGUCACAUCAACAUCUAUCAUCAACAAUAAUAAAUAAACCUAAAAUAUUCGAUGGUAUUAUAGAUUAUCCAAAUAUUUUCGAUUUGCAACAUGCCAGAUAUAUAAAUGUUGAUUUACGUCCAUCAAUUUAUUUAUUUCUCAAACAAUUUGAUGUUUUAUUUCCUCAUAUAGAUUGUAUUAAAUUUAAAAUGGGAACAGGAACACACGAACUAGAUAAUGAGCCAGACCAUGACAUAUUUUUACAAUCAUUACUCGAUUUAAAGCAUUGCAGACUUCAAGAUAUUCAUUUACGACAUGUUACAAGACUUGAUUUUGGAAGGGGCAUCUAUCGUGGUCAAACAUCGCAUGACCAAGAUAUGUAUCGCAUUAAAUUACGUGCCGAAGUACUUGCACAUCUUAUUUCAAUGCCAAUUCAAUUGAUUCAUCUUCGAGUUGAACAAUUCGAAUGGUUUAUACAUCUUAUUAAAUAUGCAUUUGAUAAACUAAGAAAAAGCGCAUUAACUACAGUUCGACAUGCCGAAUUUCGCCUUCAUAGCUGUCAUAUUGGUUCAAAUAAGUUAAUUCAUGAUGGAAAAAAUCUGAUAUAUCUUCUCAGUACUUAUACACCAUAUUUGCAAACACUACGUUUAUGGCGAAAUGAUGAUUUUCCAUGGACAUCAAUUCGACCAAGCUAUAAGAAAAAAUUCUUACGUCAUGUUUUGUGUAGACGAUGGAUACUAUCUUUGAGAAAACCUGAAUCAAUUGCUCAACAUGUUACUCUCUUUGAACAAAAUCUUUGUGAAUUGGUCGAACAAUUGAAAGAAUUCGUUUAUCUCGAUAUUUAUUGGUACACUGAUCCUGAAAAAGUAGAACCAUAUCGUUCUAUGGUUCAAAAACGUUUUCCUAAUAGCCAACUUCAUAUAGAAAUAUCAAGAUUUCGUCUUUGGUUUUGA